GCCAGUGUUACAAAAAACGCGAGAAGGUCGGCUAUCCGGUCUUGGAAAAAUAUCUUUUGUGUUUUUUUGCACAAAUCUUCUUGUGCUAAUACUGCGCCGGCCAAGAAAAAUGGAAGAUGCGGAGGGCACUAAAAAUAAUAUCCAGAAGGAUGGAGAGCGGAAUUUUAUCUGCGGCGUGAUUGAGGGUUUCUAUGGCCGGCCCUGGACAACGGAGCAGCGCAAAGAUCUGUUUCGAAAACUCAAGUCGAUGGGCAUGGACUCGUACAUGUAUGCCCCGAAGGACGACUACAAGCACCGGGCCUUCUGGAGAGAGAUGUACACGGUAGAGGAGGCAGACCACUUGUCGAGUCUAAUCACGGCUGCUAAGGAUGCAGGUAUUGUCUUUUACUACGCCCUUUCGCCCGGCCUGGACAUGACGUACAGUAACCAAAAGGAAAUUUCCACGCUGAAGAGGAAACUAGAUCAGGUUUCACAAUUUGGCUGUGAGGCCUACGCCCUGCUGUUUGACGACAUUGAAUCAGAGCUUUCCAAGGCGGACAAGGAGGUGUUCCAAACAUUUGCCAACGCUCAGGUUUCCGUGACUAACGAGAUAUAUGCCCAUCUGGGCAGCCCCAAGUUUCUCUUCUGUCCCACCCAGUAUUGCGCAUCGAGGGCAGUGCCCACGGUCCAAGAGUCUGAGUACCUUAACACCCUGGGCUCGAAACUAAACAACGAAAUCGACAUACUGUGGACUGGCGACAAGGUGAUUUCCAAGACUAUUACCAUUGAAUCGAUCCAAGAAAUCACAGAGGUGCUACGCCGACCACCAUGUAUUUGGGACAACCUGCAUGCGAAUGAUUACGACCAGAAGCGAAUUUUUCUCGGUCCUUAUGUAGGAAGAUCACCCGAGUUAAUACCUCAUUUGCGCGGAGUGAUGACCAAUCCUAACUGCGAGUUCAAUGGCAACUUUAUAGCCAUACACUCGUUAGCCUUUUGGUCGCGCUGCAGCAUGGACUCGAAAAUGGACAGCUCACUUUGCGCUGAUAUUAAAUUAGAGACUGAAAACGAAGAAGAAUUGCCGGCGGAAUUCCUCUCGAAGAACGUGUACCAUCCGCGAGUUGCUCUGAAAAAUGCCAUCGCUGAUUGGUUGCCGGAAUUCUUUGUGGAAAAAGAGGCCUGGGGUCCUAUCACAAAACCUCAGCCGCAAGUGCAAAUGGUCAUGCCCAUCAUUCCUAUCAUACCCAGCAUUAACACUUGUAUGAGUCUCACUACCACAACAACCACGUCGACAAACACACGAACGGUGCCGGAAGUCAGCACCACUCAACUCCAGGCUCUAGCCGAUGUUUGCACUGUUAGCUCAACAUUGACACCUAUAUCUAAUCCGGUGAUGAACUCUCUGGUUUCGCCCACUAAAGUGGUUACAUUCGAAGAGAUUAUUAAUCCCAUUCCAACAACAGCUGCCUCCAAUAUUGAACUGCCCAAGAAAAUACCCAUAUCCAUUGUACCAGUCCCUAUUAUGGAAACUAGAAGCGUUGAGGCUUCGGUAGAACUAGACCUGGGUAAUGAGUUAUUUGAGGACGAUGAUAAAGAGCAGAAGAGCGAAUCGGAAAAAGUAGACCAUGCGGAGGAUAGUGAUGAGAAACCUGAACCUGUAGCAAGUCUUAGUGUAGACACCAUGUUGGAUGACUCCAGUCUGAGCCCCUUAAGUGCCGGUGUCAAUGAGCCUAUGGAAUGCAGCAGUAGCAUAGCAUCGCAGGUCUCUCCCAGAGAGCAGGACGAGGUGACCAAGUUGGUUGCCGACGAUGUACUUAUGGAAUCUGUGAACGAUGUUCAUAUCAUGCAUGUGGAGAGUGGGACAUCAUCACCAAUUUCCAAUGCGGAAAUGCGCGAAGAAAUCGAAAUAUUAGAGUCAUCCCAGGAAAAUGAGAACGACACAACCGUGGUAGGCUUCGAUUCAAAAAUAACGAUCAACGAUCUGGGUCUGCUUUGUGAUCUCUUUUACCUGCCGUUUGAACACGGCAGCCGUGGAUUAAAACUACUCGUCGAGUUUAACUGGCUCAAGGCUAAUGCGAAUGUGAUCCUGCACGAACGUUCCACUGGGGGUGAUGCAAAUAAAGGCACCAAGCCGGAGGUCAGUGAGUGGCUACAACGUUGCGAGAAGUUCGACCACUUUUGCAUCGGUGUGCUAGAACUGCUUAUUAAGAUUGCCAAUUGCCAGAACAAAGAGAUUUGCCAUGAACUAUACUCGUACGUGUGGGACAUCUCGUGUGCCCUUUCAUUGCUCAACUGUUAUAUCAAAUGGCUAGCACUCGGCCAGUUUCCUCAGAAUAUGUCCACUUACACAGAGGGCAGUUAUACAUGGUUCAGCAAAGGUUGGAAGGAAGCCUUUAUGUCUGGUGAUCAGGAGCCAUGGGUCUUUCGGGGUGGGCUCAUUGCGGACUUGCAGCGCCUCAUGCCUGUGGACUCUGGCAACGAUCUGUUUGUGUUCAAGCUUCCUGAAAAGCCUACGGCUAACUAUUAUCUUCUGCGGCCCUAUUGCAAUUUGGAUGAACAAAACGUCAACGACGUGUGCACCCGCACGUACCUGCAGUGGAAGCAGGAAAUGGAUACGAGUAACAACGUAACGUUCCCGCUUCCUAUGCCCGUGUCCAAUAUCGUGGCCGAUGCAAUGGUGGGUGCUCAUCUCACCCUUUGUCCAGAGCUGUGCUUUGUGGCUUAUGACGAGAACAAUAGCAUAGUGGGGUACGCCUGCGCGGCUCUUGAUGUCAAUAUAUUUCAACGCAACCUGGAUCUGUGUUGGCACACUGAGCUCCGGGAAAAGUACCCCAAGGAUCUGUGCCUUCAAGAAAGCGAAGAACAUCUAAAACCAUUUGUGAGUCAAUUCGUGGAGCAGUUCCAUGGAAGCAGCGAGGCUUUAGAGCAGUGCCCCUCGGAAGUUAGUGGUUCCUUCCCAGCCGUUUUAAAAGCAGCAACGUUGCGUGAGGUGGAAGAAUGUGAUGCUGGUAUUAUGAAGCGUCUUCUUACAGUACUAUUGGCCGCUCUACGCGCAAAUGGCUGCUUCGGUAUUCACGUUUGUAUCCCUGAACACGAUGUCGGUCAAGUUGCUUUUUACUCCCGGAUCGGAUUCGUAGAUAUUUAUCGGGAGGAGGUGACCAAGUGCAUUUAUAUGGGUCGUCGUUUUUAGCCCUGGCAUCGUUUUUCGAGACAUUUUCAUUGCCUAAAUCUGUAUUGUUCCUUCGUCUUUUAUAUUCAGACUAGCCACUUCACAUUCUCAACUUGUCUCGUCCUUUUUGUAUUUUUAUAAGAAAAAAGUGAAUGUUCUACUGUCCAGUCCUUCGAUACCCUUCUAGAUUUUAUAUAAAACGUUGUUUUCUCAGUGUGAAAACAAUAAAACUACCGUAUUUAAUAAACAAAGUCUGCUAACUGUU